CGCAGAACAAUGCAGAAGAUGUCAGUAUAAAAGGUGCGCCAGAAUCGUUGUCGCCAGCCGUCAGCUGUGAGCCCUCACUCGUCCGCCAUGAUCGCCUUCCCAACACUGCUGCUAGCCGCCGUGGUCGCCUGCGUGACGGCCCAGAACGUGACUGUGCAGACUACGGCAGGUCUGUUACGAGGGGUGAGCACCACCACCAUCAACGGGACGGCCUACUACCGAUUCUCGGGGGUGCCUUUCGCUGCGCCACCCGUCGGAGAACUGCGUUUCAAGCCGCCGCAGCCGGUGACACCGUGGGAGGGCGUGCGUGACGCCGUAGAAGAGGCGGAUGACUGCCUGCAGGCGAUGGGUACGCAGCUGUCCGGCUCUGAGGACUGCCUCUACCUCAACCUCUACACGCCGUCGUUGUCCGAGGAGGCGCUCCUGCCGGUCAUGGUGUGGAUCUACGGCGGCCACUUCUGGGCCGGCAGCAGCUCCGCCAGCGAGUACGGCCCAGACUUCCUGCUCGACCAGGGUGUCAUAGUCGUCGCUCUCAAUUACCGCCUGGCAGUCAUGGGACUGCUAAGUCUGAACGACACCAUCGCUAUGGGUAACAACGCCUUCAAGGACAUGGUGGCGGCGCUGCAGUGGGUCCAGGACAACGUCAGGGCGUUCGGAGGAGAUCCAGAGAAAGUCACCAUCUUUGGCCAGAGUGCUGGAGGCAUCAGCGGCGAAAUGCUCAUGUACUCUCCACUAGCCAGAGGGCUGUUCAGAGCCGUUAUAUCGCAGAGCGGCUCAGCCCUCGGAGGCGACCACAUCGUGGACACCAACCGCGAGAUGGCGUUCUGCAUCGGCAACGAGCUGGGCUUCCAGACAGAGGACCCUGCAGAGCUCCUGGCGUUCCUGCAGGCAGCAGACGCGGAGGCUCUCUACCAAACGAGCUGCGGCACGGAGUUCCAGAUAACGGCUGAGCCAGAUGUGGAGGGCGCCUUCAUGACGGCGGAUCACAGCCGGUUGGGAGCGUGGGCGGUCGCCGGCAACUUCACACACCUGCCGCUCCUCACUGGCGUCACCACCGGAGAGGGCAAAAUGGGCGUCGCGGAAGGUUACAUUCCCGAUAGUACACUGGCGGAGUUGAACUCUGACUUCGAAGGUGCCAUCGACAACAUUCUCCGUCUGGGGGACAUGGACGAGAAGCUGGCCGUGGCGGACGCCGUCAGGCUGUUCUACUUCGGCAACGUGACCACGAUCAGCGCCGACGCAGCCAUACCCUACGCUGAGUCAAGAGAUCUGAGAGGCAAGCUGCGCCAAGUGCAUAAACUAAGAAAGCUAGCACGGGGCCACGGACUACAAGAGUAA